AUGGACUUCUCUUGCUUUCCAAAUCUUGUUUUUCUCAAUCUUAGUAGUCAUGAACUCAAUGGGACCACGGAGGAUUUUAUGUUCAAUAUAAGCCAUCUGUCAACAUUAACGCACCUUGACUUGUCUUUCAAUAUUUUACAUGGUUGCUUAUCUCCUCAAAUCGGUAAUCUCACCCAAUUAGAGUUUCUUGAUUUUUCAUAUAACCAAAUCCAUGGAUCCAUCCUAGUAGAAAUUGAAAAGUUAAAGAGUUCGGUGACUCUCAAUCUAUUUGAUAAUAAGUUAUUUGGUUCAAUUCCUUCUAAUCUAGGCGAGUUAGCCAAUUUAGAGACCCUGGAUUUGUCUAAUAACUUUCUUAAUGGUUCCAUUCCUUCCGCUUUAGGUGAGUUAACCAAUUUAGAGAUCCUGGUUUUGUCUAAUAACUUUCUUAAUGGUUCUAUUCCUUCCGCUCUAGGCAAGUUAACUAAUUUAGAGACCCUGGAUUUGUCUAAUAACUUUCUUAAUGAUUCCAUUCCUUCCACUCUAUUUCAAUUAUCCAAUUUGGUCUCCAUGGAUCUAUCAAACAACUCCCUCAUCGGUCCAAUCCCCUCCUCUUUAGGCUUUUUGCACAAGCUAGAAAAUUUGCUUCUUGACUUCAAUAGAAUCAAUGGUUCUAUCCCUUCAAAAAUUGGAGAUUGGAAGACUUUGUCUAAUUUAGAGGGGCUCAUUCCUAAUCAAAUCAGCAAUCUUCUGAACCUAGACCAAGUAGAUCUCAGAAACAAUAAUUUGUCAGGUGUUAUUCCAUUUAAUCUUCUUAGGUCAUUAUAUCAUGCAAGUUUCACUUGUGAUGAAAUAGACAGUUCGACAUUUAGGGAGGUAUUUGGUGGCAACAAAAAUUUAACGCCCUACUUUUGCUUUCCAUUCUAUUCUCCGGCAACCUAUUCUUCAGUGAAAAAAAGUUACAAUCUCCAGAUAUUUCUACCUGUUUCCGUACUCGUUGCUUUUUUUCUUCUUAGGUGUUUAUUAUUAUUGUGGAGGUAUAAGGUGAAGGUCAACCCAACUAGCGUACUGCAAGCAACCAAGAAUGGAGACCUGUUCUCAAUAUGGAACUACGAUGGAAAGAUUGCUUAUGAAGACAUCAUAGCAGCAACAAAUUAUUUUGACAUUCGAUACCGCAUUGGAAGUGGUGGUUACGGAAGUGUCUACAGAGCACAGCUACCCAGUGGAAAAGUAGUUGCAUUGAAGAAGCUUCAUCGACUUGAAGCUGAGAAGCCGGCUUUCGAUAGGAGUUUUAGAAAUGAGAUAAAAUUCUUAACGGAAGUUCAACAUCGAAACAUUGUGAAACUACAUGGGUAUUGUCUACAUAAACGAUGCAUGUUUUUGAUUUAUGAAUACAUGGAAAGAGGAAGCUUGUUUUUCAUACUAGGUGAUGAUGUUCAAGCUGUGGAAUUGGAUUGGACAAAACGAAUGAACAUUAUCAAGAGCACGGCUUACGCUUUAUCUUACGUGCAUUUUGAGUGCACACAAAUAAUAGUUCAUCGAGACAUCUCAAGCAACAACAUUCUGUUAAACUCGGACUUGGAGGCUUUUGCCUCUGACUUUGGGACUGCUAGAAUCAUAGAUCCUGAUUCUUCAAAUCAAACAAGGCUUGUUGGCACUUAUGGCUAUGUAGCUCCAGAACUUGCUUACACAAUGGUUGUGACUGAAAAAUGUGAUGCUUAUAGUUUUGGAGUUUUGGCAUUGGAAACAUUGGUGGGAAAGCAUCUUGUAGAAAUUUUGUCUUUGUUGUCAGCACCAUCUUCUUUGCAAAAUAUAAUGUUAACUGAUGUAUUAGAUCCACGCCUCUCACCUCCAACAAGCCAGCUGGUUGCACAGAAUAUUGUUCAUGUAGCUACAAUAGCAUUUGCAUGUCUACAAGCUGAUCCAAAUUUACGGCCAACAAUGAAACAUGUCAUUAAUUCUCCAAUUGGGGAAAAUGUGUUCUGUUUUCCAUGUUAA